CAGACGGGAAAGUCGCUGACGGUUUGUUAUCUCAUGCUGGCCAGUGCACCUGCUUCUACACACAGCUGGAUUAUCACAACAGGAUGGAUGAUGAGCAGGACUUUCUAGAGCUCUAUAUGGAACUCCGACAAACUCCCACCAUGGUUUCGCCUCCUGCUCCUCCAACUCCCUCUCCUGCUGAUCAUACUCCUGCUUCUCUUGCAACAGCUUCUCCUGAUGACCCUUCUGCUCAUUCUCCUUCUCCUUAUUAUCCUGACGAUCCUGCUACAGCUGCUGCUCCUGCUACUGACUCACCUUCUACAGCUUCUCCUGAGGACCCUCCUGCUGUUGAUUAUCCUAAUUAUCUUCCUACUGAUCCUGCUUUCAUUACAGUCCCUGCUGCCGAUCCUGUUACUGUGGCUACUGCUACUCCAUCUCCUGCUGAUUCUCCUCCUGCUUGUCCUGACACUUCUGAUCCUGUUACUGCUGAUUCUUAUAAAGCUUCUCCUGCUCCUGCUAUGGAUCCUGGCUCGGCUGCUUCCAAUCCAACUCCUCCUACUGAUCCCAUUGCUGCUGCUGCUCCUCCUCCUCCAACAGGUUCAUCUGCUGAUUUUACGACAGCUGCUCCUGCUCCUACUCCUCCUAUUGUGUCUCCUACUUCUCAACGUAACAUUCCUGCUCCUCCUCCUGCUACUGCUGCUUCUACAACAGCCUCCCCUGAUUCUUCUCCUGAUCCUGCCUCUGCUGCCUCCGAUCCUCCUUCACCUACAGCUCCACCUCCUCCUACUUCUAUUGCUUCUCCUCCUUCUCCUCUUCCUACAAUGGAUCCUACCCCUGCUGCUCCUCCUCCUCCUCCUUCCUCUCUACCUGUUACAGCUAACACUGACUAUAGUUCUGUCUCUUCACAUUGUUUCUCUCUUCCUCAAUAUGCUGAUUCCUCUGCUGCUGCCGAUUGCCCUGUUUCUUCACAUUCGCCAUCUUGUCCUGUUGCUGCAACUGCAUCUGUUCCUUCCAGUCCAGCUUCUGAAAUUCUUCAAACUGCUCCUCCUGCUGUAAUUGACCCUCCUCCAUCCUCAUCUCCCACUACUGCUUCCCCUUCCACUGCCACUCCCCCUGCUCCGGUACCCGAUCCUCCCUCUCCUUUCCCUCUUCCAUCCUCUUCUCCUCAUCAAGAUCAGCAUCAACAGAAUCAUUUGGCAGCCAAAGAGUCGGACACUGACCUGGAAGAGUAA